AAAAUUAAACUUGACAUAUAGAUUGAUUAGUUUCAGACCAUAGUAGUUUCAGGAAAUAAAAGAAAGAAAGAUUACAUUUGAAUAAGCUUUAAAGCAGUCAAUCAUCAUCUAAAAUUAUCAUCCAAUGUUUAAGUUUUCAACUGGGCACCCCCCCCCCUUCUCUCUUCCUCCCUCGCUUUCUUUUUUGGGGGCCCCUUGAAUAUCUCAAGACCAUUCUUUAUAACUCACAUCACACACAUUCACUGUAAAAUAAAUGUUACCAAAAGAACUUAAAGUCAUAUAAAGUAUUUGUGUAAACAAACUGUAGCAUAAUGAUGCCAUAAUACUGGUACAUUCAAUUUAAUGAUUUAUUUACCCUCUUUAUCUCUUUCAUGACUAAACAAGUCCGUACUUUCAAAAAAAUAAACAGAAAAAGAAUACUUUAAUGUAGUCCACAGAAGUAGAAAACAGUCAGUAGGCAGGUCCCAAAAAAGUGGCUUCUUUCAUCCAAGACCCCUGUUACACAUACGUUUGCAAGUGGACUGAGGCCGGCCCCGGAGGCGGCUCGACGUAUGUGUAACAUCAACUUUUUUUGAAAAGCCGGACUGAGGCCGGACUGAGGCCAGGUGGACUCAGUCCACCUCUGGAUGUGGUUUGAGGCCGGCCCGAGUCCGGACUCAGUCCCGCAAUCGGUAGGUGUAACACCAAAGUGGACUCGGCGCCGGCUUAUAAGCGGAAGUGACGCGACCUGUCAUCAUCAACAAUGCAUCGGCCGGGCGCGCUUUUGCCAUUUGGACCAGGCAUGCAGUAUAUAUUAUAGGUAAGCCUCGCCCCGAGCGUAAAAUUACAUUGUUUUUCAUCAUUUAUUGCUUUAAAUUUUAAUUUCCUCAUAUCCAGCAGCCUGCACUAAGACACGACAUAUUCUGUACUGGUGGGCUAAAAGUUUAAACCGUUUAUUCCUGGUAUUUUCUCCGAACAGAACUGAUGAGUGAUGGUGACUUGUAAUUCAGUCCCAUCCCUAUAUUUCUGUGGGUUUGGGAAUUAUGAUUUUCGAUCGUCUGAUCAUUUCCUGUUUAUUUCGAUGUUUUUAAAUACAUCGCUACUGUGAUUGCACCAUCUGAAGAAUGAUCAUUAUUUUUUUGUUGGCGAUGAUAAUUUAUCAAUACUAAUAGACAGACUAAAAACAAUAGCCUGGACAGGAGUGCCAUACAUCAUGAGCCGUCAUAAUUUUUCUCAUAUGAUUAUGAAAUUAUGACUCAUCAUCAUCAGACUCGGAGUCAGACUGUCAGAGUUAAUACAUCAUCUUAUGCCUCAAACAAAGUCAUCAUGAUCAUGAGGCAUGAACUUGAUGAAGUAUUUAACUUUGAUUUUGAAGGCAUGGCCAGGGGCAGGCCAGGCCAUGAGACAUGAAACUAGACAAUUGCCAUUAAUUAUUUCAAAUGCCAAUAAUCCACUCAGUCGGAGUCGCACAUAGUCAGAAAUUGGACAUGAAAUAUGUCGCUAGACAUUGAAACAAAUGAGUAGGGUCUAGAUCUACAUAUAAAAUAGUGUCUGCCUGUAAAAUCCCCACAAAAAAGAAGUAGACUAAAAUAAGUAGAUUCUAGCGGUGAGUGCAUAAAACAAUGUUAAUACAGAUUACAGUACAAUAAUAUACACAACUCUAACUUCGAAGUCCUAUCCCUAACCAACCAAAGUCAUCAGGAGGCCGCGUACUCUAGGAUGGACGCCGGGGUCUGCGAACCCUAACCCUAGCUGUAACAGACUCUGCGUACCUUACUAUUAUAGUAUUAACUGUCUCUAUAAUUAACACUCUAGGCCUACCAUCUCUAAAUGAUCAUUAAACCGUCUCUAAAAUUAUCACUAGAAGCAAAUUGUAUUAAAAAUUGUAUACAUUAACAGAUUAACACGUGAUAUGAUAACAAAAGAAACUUGUAAAUAAAGUAUGAAUAAGUUCUUCUUCCACCGGUAUUCAGAGAUCAGCGGCUGGCCACGUGUUAGUUGCCGAGCUGUAGGAGUUUAUCUUGAUGGACUUGAUAGAUUUUUAGAAUAUUAUUUCCCAUAUUUUGUAUACUAUAUGGAUUUCUAGAUAGUUAUUUUAGAAAGUGAUUUCCCAUAUUUUGUAUACUUUAUUUAUAUUAGUUAUGUCAUUCUAAGUCAUACCCAUAUUUUUCAAUUGUUUUAUUCAAUUUUAGUGAUGGGUACAUAUGGAACUUUAGCGGAAUAAUUUGUCCAUCGAUCAUCAAAUGUUACAUAGCAGGGGGAGAAGGGCCUUCAUAUAUCUAGGUGGUCGAUCAAUCUGAAUCAUUAAAUUUGAAUUUUUGAUGAUAUUCAUGUCAACUGUCCCCUGACAAGAGAAGUUGUUGACAAGAUCAAAAAUCCUAAAAGGUGAUUAAUAGAUGUUACACAUAAUUUUAUAUAAUAAUUUUACCACAUCGUAAUCUUUGUGGUUACCAUUAUUAAUUUGUAUUUGUAUUUGUUCUCUCAUUUUAGAUCAAAAUGGCACCAACAGGGAGAGGGAGUCUGUGGGAAGAUGUGGAGACGCUGUGCCUCCUGAAUAUUUGGCGGGAGAAAAACAUUCAAGAACAGAUGGAUGGCACAGUAAGGAACAAAACGGUAUUUCGUAAGAUAUGCCAAUUGAUGAAAGAAAGGGGGUUCGAAAGGGCAGAGGACCAAAUCAAGCGGAAAAUUAAACAACUAAGAGCGUCCUUCCGAAAGACGGAGGACAAUAACAAUCGAUCAGGCAGGGGGAGAAUUACAUGUAAAUUCUAUAGCGAACUGCAGGAGAUCUUUGGGGGCAGACCAGAGACUGCACCAGUUGCCAUUCUGGCGUCGCAACCAGAGGAGGAGGAUCAAUCUGAGUCGCUAGACUCGGUGGACUCUGAUUCACUGCCGAGAGAGGAGGAGGAGGAUGGAGCCGAAGAAGAUAGAAGUAUAACGGAUGAUGAACUGGAGGAAAAUGAUGUGGAAGCACCAACAGAAUUGGUUGGCAAUUUUCCACCGGAGGAUCUAGAGGGACCUUCAACAUCAUCUGCUAAUGGACGUAAGGCAACUGGGGAAAAGCGGAAGAAAUCAAAGCUGCAGGAGUCCUUCGGACUGAUAGCCAAGGAGAUAAAGACACUGGAGGAGGACAGUACAAAUGCCUUCAAUGCUAGGGAGGAUCGGUUCAUGCAGCGCCAAAUGGAGUGGGAGCGUGAGCUCCUAAUGAAGGCACAGCGUACUGAAGAAAAAAAACUAGAGGAGAAGGAGAGGAGGAGAAGAGAAGAGAGGGAGCAUAGAGAGCAAGAAAAAGAACGUGAUAGACAGCAUCAACUCCAAAUGCUUCAGGCCUUAAUGGCUGGUAUGCGGCAGUCGUCAACUUCAAUGUGGCAGCAACAGGGAAACAACUCCCAGUCCGGUCCAGAGCGGUCUCCAAAUUCCUGGCCCUACAAUCACGAUUACACUCCACUGUAAUUGUUACAAACAUAAUGCAUUCUUCAAGUGGAGGAGUGUGUGUGUUUGGAAUUCCCACGGUGGUAAACAUGUAUUUGUCAUAUGAGAUGACACUUUUCAGGAUUUUUGUUCAUCACAAUUUCUUUCCUCAGUACUUGUUGCUGCAUAUCAUUCACCUGUACUCUUGCCAUGCUGAAACCCUUGUUUUUACUUAGCCAUCCAUCUCAGUGCUGCCAGAAUCAUUGCCAAGGGCAAGGGAAUUUACAUGUAAAUUGUAGAUGUUAGUACUUUUUGUUCUUAGCACUUAUAGAUUUUUAUAAACAUAUAACUUUGUUUUUAUGUAGUUCUUUUUUACAUCAAGUAACCAUUUACUUGCUAUUGGAACUUUUGUACAUCUGUAUAUAAACAUUCAUUUUUAUUUUUUCUUCUAUUCUAUGCAUAACUUUUGAAUGGACUAUGUUUUAUUGUUGUUCUUAAAUAAGAUCUAUAUCAACCGCUGCCAACCCUCAUUUUGUACCAAUUUGAUAUUGCCAAAGAAAGUUGAGUCACAACUUGAAAGUGUAAAGUAUUAUAUCUUUUUACUGCUCAUUUUUGUCAGUACCUGUUAUCUUGCAAUUACUGUACAUGUAUAAAACAGGUUAUAUACAUAUGCAUUCACACAAAGUUACAAAGUCUAUUUGCUAUUUAAGCACACAUUUCUACAUGUGAACUUUUGUACAUCUACAGUAUAUAUAAACAUUCCAUUUUUAUUUUGUCUUCUAUUAUAUACAUACCUUUUCGAAUGACUGUUUUAUUGUUCUUAAAUAAGAUCUAUAUCAAAUGCUGCCAGCCCUCAUUUUGUACCAAUUUGAUAUUGCCAAAGAAAGUUGAGUCACAACUUGAAAGUGUAAAGUAUUAUAUUUUUUAACUGCUCUUUUUGUUAGUACUUGUUAUCUUGCAAUUUCUGUACAUGUAUAAAACAGGUAUAUGCAUUCACACAAAGUUACAAAGUCUGUUUGCUAUUUAAGCACACAUUUCUACAUGUGAACUUUUGUACAUAUACAGUAUAUAUAUAUAAACAUUCCAUUUUUAUUUUGAUCUUCUAUUAUAUACAUACCUUUCAAAUGACUAUGUUUUAUUGUUCUUAAAUAAGAUCUAUAUCAAACGCUGCCAACCCUCAUUUUGUACCAAUGUGAUAUUGCCAAAGAAAGUUGAGUCACAACUUGAAAGUGUAAAGUAUUAUAUUUUUUAACUGUUUGUUUUUGUCAGUACUUGUUAUCUUGCAAUUACAUGUAUAAGAUGGGUUAUAUACAUAUGCAUUCACACAAAGUUUCAAAGUCUAUUUGCUAUUUUAUCACACAUGUCUACAUUUUUGUUUGUCAUCAUUGCAUUUGCAGUACUUUUCAAAAACUUUUCCCCCCUUUUCUUUGUAUUUAUUAAGAAAGAAACUGUAUAUUGGCAAUAAAACGUUACCAAAGUCUGCCUUUCGAUAGUGCCAACUAAUUUAAACUCAGGACAUAAUUGUGGUAUAUUUUAUAACUUUUCAGUUACUAUGUAAAGAAAAUUGCACUUUGUGAAUGCAUUAUGCAAAUAUUGCACUUUUAUGUUUUACUUUUUAUGUACGUGUUCAUUAUUCUCUGAAUAAUAAAUAAUUUGUUUGGUAUA